AUGACGGCUCUCGUUCGUGCAGCGUUGCUCCUUGCGGCGGCAGCCGUGAUUUCGCCGGCCCAGGCGGACGUCUUGGCCAAUGGCGGUUUGGACUGGGACGCUGCACACACCAAGGCCACGGCGGCGGUCGCCAAGCUCUCGCAGCAGGACAAGGUCAACAUCGUGUCGGGCGUCGGCUGGAACAAGGGCCCCUGUGUCGGCAACACGCCGACCAUCGGCUCCAUUAACUACCCAGAGCUGUGCUUGCAAGAUGGCCCACUUGGUAUCCGGUACGGCACGGGCGUCACGGCCUUUACACCAGGCAUUCAGGCCGCCUCCACAUGGGACCGCGCGCUGAUCAGCAAGCGCGGCCAAUACAUGGGCGAGGAGGCCAAGGGCUGCGGGAUACAUGUGCUGCUGGGCCCCGUGGGCGGCCCGCUCGGGAAAAUACCGGUUGGUGGCCGUAACUGGGAAGGGUUUGGACCGGACCCGUACCUGACGGGCGUGGCCAUGGCGGAGACGAUCCAGGGGAUGCAAGGCGCCGGUGUCCAGGCGUGCGCGAAACACUUUAUCCUCAACGAGCAGGAGCUCAACCGUGAGACGAUCAGCUCGACCGUCGACGACCGCACGAUGCACGAGCUGUACCUGUGGCCGUUUGCGGACGCGGUGCGCGCCGGCGUCGCUUCCGUCAUGUGCUCAUACAACAAGGUCAACGGCACCUGGGCAUGUGAGAACAAGAACAUCCUCACCGACUUGCUCAAGGAGGAGUUGGGCUUCCGAGGCUACGUGGUGAGCGACUGGAACGCACAGCACACGACGACCGGCGCUGCGACGGGUGGCAUGGACAUGACGAUGCCAGGCAGCGACUACGACGGCAAGACGAUUCUGUGGGGCCCGCAACUGACGAGUGCGGUCAACAGCGGCCAGGUGGCCAAGGAACGGCUCGACGACAUGGCGACGCGCAUCCUGGCGUCAUGGUACCUGGUCGGGCAGGACAAGGGCUACCCGGGCACCAACAUCAAGGCGUCGGUGCAGUCGACGCACAAGGACAACGUGCGUGCCGUGGCACGCGACGGUAUCGUGCUGCUACAAAAUGAGGGCAACAUCCUACCCCUGGGCAAGCCCAAGAAGUUGGCCGUCGUGGGCUCAGCAGCCAUUGUCAACCCUAAGGGUAUGAACUCGUGCGUCGACCAUGGCUGCAACACAGGCGCGCUCGGCAUGGGCUGGGGGUCUGGUACUGCCAGCUACCCCUAUUUUGUGGCGCCGUACGACGCACUCAAGACACGUGCGGCCGCCGACGGCACGCAGAUUUCGCUUUCCAGCAGCGAUGCGACGAACUCUGUAGAAAGCACGGUGCAGGGCGCGGACGCGGCUAUUGUGGUCAUCACAGCGGAUUCGGGCGAGGGCUACAUCACCGUCGAGAAGGUCGCCGGUGAUCGCAACGACCUGGACCCGUGGCACAACGGCAACGCACUCGUGGCGGCUGUCGCGGCGGCCAAUCCCAACACGAUCGUGGUCGUGCACAGCGUCGGUCCCAUUGUCCUCGAGUCGAUCCUCAAGAACACAGGCGUCAAGGCCGUUGUCUGGGCCGGCCUUCCUAGCCAGGAGAGCGGCAACGCGCUGGUCGAUGUGCUGUACGGCCUGGUGUCGCCGUCGGGCAAGCUGCCAUAUACCAUUGCCAAGAGUGCGGCCGACUACGGCACCGCUGUCUCGCACGGCAGCGACAACUUUGCCGAGGGCCUCUACAUCGACUACCGCCACUUUGACGAGAAGAACAUUGAGCCGCGGUUCCCCUUUGGCUUCGGCCUGUCCUACACCAACUUCACGUACGGCGACAUCAAGGUCACAUCGACUGCGAAGUCUGGCGCGGCAUCUGGCGCCGUGGGCCCUGGUGGCAAGGCCGACCUGUUCGAGGACGUUGCGACCGUCACCAUCAGCCUGACCAACAGCGGCAGUGUCACCGGUGCCGAGGCGGCACAGCUGUACCUGACGCUGCCCAGCGGUUCGCCGGCCGCCCCGCCCAAGCAGCUCCGCGGCUUCGACAAGCUCAAGCUGGAACCAGGCGCUGCAGGUACCGUGACGUUCAACUUGCGGCAGAAGGACCUGAGCUAUUGGGACGCGGCAAAGGGGUGGGUGGUGCCGAGCGGAACGUUCACUGUCCAUGUGGGCGCGAGCAGCCGUGAUCUGCGUUUGACGGGAACAUUCAACGUGGCGUAA